AUGGAUUCGAAUUCUGAUCUACCGUUUAACACAUCUCAUUAUCCACAUCAUGUUUCUUAUCAUCAUGGAAAUGUAUAUGAUUCUCCAAUUCAAGCUCAAUCCGCAGGACCACCAUCAUUAAAUUGGAUGAUGAAUCCUCAUCCUUCGCAUACACAUUUAAUGAUGUCACACCAUUUACAAGUUCCACCAUCACAAUAUUCCAAUGGUGGCAUGAAUGAGUCACAUUCAAAUUCUUCGAAAGAUGAACCAGUAUCUCCAUUAUCAUCACCAUCAGGAGCAACGCCAACAACAUCUUCAGCAGCGUUAACACCGAAUUCUCUUCCAUCAUCUCAAUCAACAACGAAUAAUCAUCAUCAACAACAACAACAUCAUAAUUCGUCACUAAAAAAAUCUCUUGACGAUCGUGUUAAACGUCCUAUGAAUGCAUUUAUGGUUUGGUCGCGUGGACAACGACGUAAAAUGGCACAAGGAAAUCCCAAAAUGCAUAAUUCCGAAAUAAGUAAACGUUUAGGUAUCGAAUGGAAAAGUUUAAAUGAAGAAGAUAAACGACCAUUCAUCGAUGAAGCUAAACGUUUACGUGCAAUUCAUAUGAAAGAACAUCCCGAUUAUAAAUAUCGGCCGAGACGUAAAACAAAAAAUUUACAAACAACAACAUCAUCAUCAUCAAUAUCAUCGACAACAGUAACAUCCAACCAUAAUUCAUCAUUGAUAAAUAAAAAAGAUAAAUCUCAUCAUCUUAUGCAGCAACAUCAUCAUACAAAUCCAUCUAAUCUUCCACCACCAAGAGGUUCAAGUUGGGCUUUACCAUCGAAUGUUAUAUCGGCGUCAUCAUCGUCGCCAUAUUUAACUGAUUGUAAUUCGGCUUAUUCAAUGACAGAUCCAAGUGGGCUCUAUUCACAUCCAUUUCCUCCGCCACCUCCCAUGUAUCAUUAUGGUCCAUCAACAAGUACAAGUCCUCAGCCACCACCGCAUAUUCAAUAUGGUUAUAAUAAUAAUAUAAAUGGAAAUAAUCCUUAUUCCUAUAUGAAACAAGAAUCUAUGUCAUCCCAACAACAUUUCUAUCCAUCAUUUUCACAUCAAGAUUAUUCACCACCUGAUCCAUCAUCACCUGAACAGCAUAUGUAA